AUGCAUCCCGGAUAAAACAAAGGAAGAAUAUAAAAAGAAAUAACUGAUUUUCAUAAAACAGCAGAAACAAGUAAUAUCAAAGUAUAAAUAGUAGGAAACGAUCUAAAUCAUUGGAAAGGAUAUAUAGCUGGCCCUGAAGAUACUCCUUAUGGAGGAGGAGUAUUUUAAAUUGAUAUUUAAUUACCUAGUGAAUAUCCUUAUAAACCACCAAAAAUGAAAUUUGAUACUAGAAUUUGGCAUCCUAAUAUUUCUUCAUAAACAGGUGCAAUUUGUUUAGAUAUUUUAAAAAAUGAAUGGUCACCGGCUUUAUCUAUAAGGACUGCUCUUCUUUCUUUAUAGGCACUUAUGUGUGCUCCUGAACCUGAUGAUCCAUAAGAUGCUGUUGUUGCAUAAUAAUAUAAAAACUAAAAAGAUUAAUAUAUUAAAACAGCCAAAGAAUGGACAAAAAAUUAUGCAAAUACAAAUGCUUAAGAUGAAAAAGUUAAAAAAUUAGUAGAAAUGGGAUUUGAAGAAAAAUAAUGCCGAGAAGCUUUAAUGAAAUUCGGAUGGGAAGAAGAAUUAAGUUUGAAUUAUUUACUUGGAGGAAAUUGA